CUAUUAUGCAGGCAACAAGAGGAAGCAUAAAGGAUUUCCAGGCCUUUAAAGCAAACGAUGAUGCAGAAGCUCUCCGCAAAGCAAUGAAGGGUUUAGGUACUGAUGAGGACCCUAUUAUGAAGAUUCUUACAUCCAGAAGCAAUGCUCAGCGUCAGCAAGUUGCCGUAGCAUUUAAGACUUUAUUUGGCAGGGAUCUUGUUGAUGAUCUCAAGUCUGAACUUACGGGUAAACUUGAGAAGGUGAUUGUGGCACUAAUGACGCCAUCAAACAUGUAUGAUGCUCAUGAACUUAGACAUGCAAUAAAGGGUGCUGGCACUAAGGAAGAUGUGCUUAUUGAAAUUCUUGCUUCAAGAUCUACGACUGAAAUGAAUCACACCAAAAAAGUCUUCAAAGAAGAACACGGAAGUGAGCUGGAAGAUGGCAUAACUGGAGAUACAUCUGGAUAUUUCCAGAGGAUGUUGGUAGUUCUUGUACAAGCUAAUAGGGAUCCAGACUCCAAAGUUAAUGACGCUCUUGUUGAGCAGGAUGCCCAGGAUUUAUUUAAAGCCGGAGAAGUGAAGUGGGGCACAGAUGAAGAGAAGUUCAUUACAAUUUUGGGAACUCGCAGCAAUGCCCAUUUAAGAAAAGUGUUUGAUAAAUACAUGACCAUCUCUGGCUACCAGAUUGAAGAGAGCAUUGAUCGGGAGACCUCGGGUCACCUUGAGAAGUUGUUGCUUGCUAUAGUGAAGAGUGUUCGCUGCGUCCCUAGAUAUUUUGCUGAAACUCUGGACCGAGCAAUGAAGGGUGCUGGUACCGACGAUGAAACCUUGAUCCGAGUGAUGGUUUCCCGGAGUGAAAUUGAUAUGCUUGAUAUAAGGAAAGAGUACAGAACACAUUUUGGAAAAUCUCUCUUUCAAGCAAUCAAGUGUGACACAUCUGGAGACUACAGGAACACACUCCUCCUCAUUUGUGGUGGGGAUGAUGAGUAAUACUUCCCCUACAAAGAAGACAACCAGCUUCGUGCAUUCUCUGUAUAUCUUACUAGAGCAGUUACAGUUUCUAUGUUAUGUGCUUUGUUACUCACCAUGUUUGUCUUGUAUCAUAUGAUAUGCAAUAGUGCUAAAGAAGGUCUAUUUGAAGGAGUGUCUUGUAAAAGAACC